AUGGACAACGGAGCCGCAAGCCGGAUCGCCAAGACGAGCAAAGAUGCCGCCUGGAUCGAGAGAGCCAAAAAAGCAGCCGAGAAGAACGCGGCUGAGAAGCAAGCCGAGGAGGACAAGCGCAAGCGAGAGGAAACCCAGGGUGGAGGUGGAGGUGGGAAGUCCACCUGA